GCCAUUUUGGCUCCACGGUGGCUGGUUUCGCUGCAGUGAGUUGGGCGGCUCACGCAGACCAACGUCAGCUGAGUCCCGUCCAUUCUGGCAUGAAUAGAACUCACACAUUUACCGCAUCUAGAGAGUGAGAGUCCCCUGAAGCCAUGUGGAUUACCCCGGAGGAGGUGUUACUGGCCAACGCGCUGUGGGUGAGCGAGCGGGCGAAUCCGUACUUCAUCCUGCAGCGGAGGAAGGGACACGGGCGCGGAGGAGGCAUCACGGGUUUGCUGGUGGGUACGUUGGAUGUGGUGUUGGACUCGAGUGCUCGCGUGGCUCCGUACAGGAUCCUGCACCAGACGGGAGAAUCACAGAUCUUCUGGAAUAUUGCUUGUGGCUCGUCUCGUAAGGAGAUCACUGAACACUGGGAUUGGCUCGAGACAAACCUACUGCAGACUCUUUCCAUCUUUGACAACGACGAUGACAUUACCACCUUCGUCAAGGGCAAAAUACAGGGCAUCAUUGCUGAAGAGAAUAAAAGUGGCAAACCUCAGGAAGACGAGGAUCCCGGGAAGUUCCGUGAAGCCGAGCUGAAGAUGAGGAAGUUGUUCGGAAUGCCGGAGGAAGAGAAGCUGGUGAACUAUUACCCCUGCAGCUACUGGAAGGGCAGAGUCCCGCGGCAGGGCUGGAUCUACCUGUCCGUAAAUCACCUCUGCUUCUACUCCUUUCUGCUGGGAAAAGAGGUUUCGCUGGUGGUGCAGUGGACGGACGUCACGCAGUUGGACAAGAACGCCACGCUGGUUUUCCCCGAGAGCAUCCGCGUGAGCACGCGCGGCACCGAGCACUUCUUCUCCAUGUUCCUCAACAUCAACGAGACCUUCAAACUGAUGGAGCAGCUGGCCAACAUCGCCAUGAGACAGCUGCUGGACAACGAGAGCUUCUCCGCCGAUCGCUCGCUCCCCAAACCCUGCAAGACCCUGAAAAACGUCUCUGCGCUCAAGAGGGACUUAGACGCACGUGCGAAGAACGAGCGGUACAGAGCGCUGUUCCGGCUCACACAGGAUGAGCGUUUGGAUGGGCACACCGGCUGUACGCUCUGGACGCCGUUCGCUAAGAUGCAUGUCAUCGGUCAGAUGUUUGUUUCUAAUAACUACAUCUGCUUUGCCAGUCGAGAGGAAGAUCUGUGUCAACUUAUCAUUCCACUGAGAGAGGUGACUAUAGUGGAGAAAGCGGACAGUAGCAGUGUUUUGCCGAGUCCACUGUCGAUCAGCACUAAAAACAAGAUGACCUUCCUGUUUGCCAACCUCAAAGACCGUGACUUCCUGGUACAGCGCAUCUCUGAUUUCCUGCAACGCACGCCUGACAGGCCAUGUGGUCUUAACACUCAGUCUGAGAAUCCCAGCCCGAGUACGCCGCCCUCUCUGCCCCCGUCCCCUCCUGUCCUGGGGCUCGGAGAGACGCCCCAAAACCAACACUACAGCCCCAGUCUGCCCACAGCCAAGAAGGGCCUACUGCAAAUCUACCAGCAGGACGUCCCGGAGGAGCUGGGGCCCAAAGUGACGAGAGAGAAGAUGAAAGAAGAAUCAUGGAACAUCCAUUUCUUUGAGUUUGGCCGGGGAGUGUGUAUGUACCGCACAUCUAAGACCAGAGAGCUGGUUCUGAACGGGAUACCAGAGAGUCUGCGAGGAGAACUGUGGCUGCUGUUCUCAGGUGCCCAGAACGAGAUGGCCACACACACAGGUUACUAUGCCAGUUUGGUUGAGCAGGCGAUUGGUAAAUAUACUCUAGCGACUGAAGAGAUUGAGAGAGACCUGCACCGCUCCAUGCCUGAACAUCACGCCUUCCAGAACGAGAUGGGCAUCGCUGCCCUGAGACGUGUCCUGACUGCCUACGCUUACAGAAACCCUAGCAUCGGAUACUGCCAGGCGAUGAACAUCGUUACGUCCGUGUUGUUGUUGUAUUGUACUGAAGAGGAGGCGUUCUGGCUGCUUGUGGCGCUGUGUGAACGGAUGCUGCCUGACUAUUACAACACUAGAGUUGUAGGAGCGCUGGUGGACCAGGGCGUGUUUGAGGAGCUCACCCGCGAGUGUUUGCCGCUGUUGUAUGAGCACAUGCAGGAUUUGGGUGUCAUCUCCACCAUCUCUCUGUCCUGGUUCCUCACUCUCUUCUUGUCCGUCAUGCCUUUCGACAGUGCGGUGCUGCUGGUCGACUGCUUCUUCUACGAGGGCAUUAAAGUCAUUUUCCAGGUGGCAUUAGCUGUCCUACAUGCAAACAUGGAUCAGCUGCUGUCCUGUUCAGAUGAGGGAGAGGCCAUGACUAUUCUGGGCAGAUAUUUGGAUAAUGUUGUAAAUAAGCAGACCGUUUCUUCACCUAUUCCCCACCUUCAUGCCCUGUUGACCAGUGGCAACAACCCUCCACCUGAGAUCGAUGUCUUUGAGCUCAUUAAAGCGUCCUAUGAGAAAUUUGGUAGCUUGCGUGCUGAUGUCAUCGAGCAGAUGAGGUUCAAACAAAGGUUAAAGGUCAUACAGUCACUAGAAGACACAGCCAAGAGGAGUGUGGUUAGAUCGAUCAUGACCGAGUCCGCUUUCAGUAUUGAGGAGUUGGAAGAAUUGUAUGUUCUUUUUAAGGCGAAGCACAUCAUGAGUUGUUACUGGGGAGCGAGCAGCACCGCGGCGGAGCGGCACGACCCGAGUCUGCCGUAUCUGGAGCAGUAUCGCAUCGACAGCGGCCAGUUCACUCAGCUCUUCUCCGCUCUGGCGCCCUGGAGCUGUGGCCUUCACACCAACACGCUCUCCGGGCGACUCUUCCGCCUGCUCGACCAAAACAAAGACUCUCUCAUCAACUUCAAAGAGUUUGUCACCGGACUCAGUGGAAUGUGUCAUGGAGAUAUGACGGAAAAACUCAAACUCCUCUACAGACUUCACCUGCCUCCUGCAUUGUGUCCAGAAGAGGCAGAGUCAGCGCUGGAGGCCGCGCAGUUCUUCACUGACGAUGACAUGCCACAGGAUCCUCCCUUCCUGUCUCAUAUGGACUUCCUGGCACAGGAAGUGACCUCAGGUGAGGAGCUGAAGGAGGCAGGAGAUGCAUUAGCGGCCGCAGACACCGAUGAGAGAAAAGAGGAGAAGCCAAAGGACUAUAAGUACUAUCUGAGAAUGUGGGCCAAAGAAAAAGAGCCAAAGAAGGAGAGCAUCAAAGAUCUGCCUCGGAUGAAUCAGGAGCAGUUCAUUGAGAUGUGUAAGACUCUCUACAACAUGUUCAGUGAAGAUCCCAUGGAGCAGGAGCUGUAUCACGGCAUCGCCACGGUGGCGAGUCUCCUGCUGCGCAUCGGAGAAGUGGGCAAGAAAUUCACCAACAAUGGCAGCAAGAAAACCGAAGUCCAGCUGGCCUCAGCAGUCGAUGCUUUGCAGCCGGAGAUGGAGGACUCGUCCGGGGAGGGAGGAUCCGGACAGUCUUUGGUCUCCAAGGCCCUGGCCGAGGCGCAGCUGGAGACGCCACCUCCAACAGCGGCCGGCUCCGACGAAGAGGCCAAAGACGACACGUCUGUUUCGUCCUACUCUGUAGUGAGUGCUGGUUCACUGCAGUGCGAGGACAUCGCUGACGACACGGUGCUGAUUGGCUGCCCGAGCGGCGACGUGGUGGAUCGGAGGCGGGGCAGUCUGCCGGAUGCUGAUUGGUCGAUCACCUUUGAGCAGGUCUUAGCAUCGUUCCUGACGGAAACAUCGCUGGUCGACUACUUUGAGAAAAAAUAUGACAUCCAGAACAAAAUAACGGCAUGCAAGUCACUGAGAGCCGUGGAAAGACAGACAAGUACGUCAAGCGAUCACGAUUUCUCUCUGAACACACACUGACAUGCUCAUAAGAACACAAACACAUACAUAUUCUUGUUUUGCAUACAGUAUGUGUGUGUGUGUAUGUCCUGUUACUAUCUAUGGGAGUUUUAUACUUCUGUGUCAUAGUCAAACAAAUAGUGUUUAAAAUCCAUCCCAGCAGCUUUCUAUACCAAUAACCUCUGGAGUCUAGAUGCAGUAACCAAGGUUCACUCUAACAUAGGGGUUUUGAUGGGUUGAAUGCAUCAACUAGCAGGUCUGGAAUAGAGGAUUAUGGGAUGUGGCCCAUGCUUCGGCUCAAAUAGAUCAAAGAAUGAAACAUCACGGCAAAAAUAUUUGAUUUGCACACUCGUCCCAGGGUGAAAUAUCCCACACUACGGUGUACAUCACUAAUGCUUUCUUGCAGGUGUGCUAUAGUUGGAUAUAUUCGGUGUAUUUGGGAGUAAGAAGUGUCCUUUUGGUGAAGAAUCCACCUCAUAGCUCUGCUAAGAUUCACUUUAACCCCUCAGAUGGAAACAGUCUCUUAGCCUUGGUUCAAAGCCAUGUUUCUGUGUGUUAAAAAUCCGCUUUACCGUUUCUAAGUAGGUCAUUGCCUUAACUGAAGUGAACAGAUGCAUCAGUUGGUCGAAGACCCUGUUGCACUUGUUUGUUGUUGUGUUUUGCGAGGACCGCACCAUAGUUCUGUUUCUUUCAGAUGUUUGAUCACUAGAAGCUACUCAAGUGAUACAGCGCUGGCUUAUCUUAGUCGUUCAAACCAUACUGAGAGAUGCAGUCAAAAAUGUAGCAAAUUAAUUUAGCACAGUAAUGGCCUUUACCACAUAAAGCCGGAAUUUUUACUCUUUUAUUCUCCAAAAAUGUUUAUUGCUGUCAGGCCUGAAUGAGCAAGUACAAACACUGGGGUUCAUUCAUGAAACUCAACUAGAGCGAAUUGGUGAAAAUCACUCGAAAAGGCAUUUGUACAUGAAUUGUCACACUGAGAUAAAUGAAACUUUCAUGAAUUGGAUUGAAUGCAUGAUGCAAACUACAUUUAUAAAUAUAUGUAAAUUGAGGCACUGAAUUAACAUUAAGCAUUUAAGAUUUGUAAAAAAAAUUACAUUUUGUGCAUCAAUUUAGUUUUAUAAAUCUUUUAAGGCAUUGAAAGAAAACAUUCAUGUGAAAUUGUUGUUGAAAUUGUUUAUUAUGAAAUAUUUUUCUGUAAGUUUAUGCACUGAAUUAAAAUUAAGGAAAUCAUGUAAACUGUUGAAUUGAAUCAUAUAUAAAUUCUUGAAUUUAAUUCAGUGCAUUUGCAUUGAUUUAAUGUUUUGUAAAUGUUUUAUGCAUUGCGUGCUGAUUUAAAUAAGAAAACAUUCAGCAUGCAUUACAUUGUUGCAUUAAAAAUCAUAUCUUUGUGAAAUUAUAUUUACAAAAUAUUUGUUCGUAUUUAGUUAAACAUUAUUAUAUAUAUUAUCAUAACUUUUAAAUUAUUAUUUUUUUAAUAUUAGUUUUUUUUCUCUCUGUAAAAUCAUUGAAAGUUAAAAAUGUUUGCUUGCGUUUUAUAAAUGAGGCCCAGUUAUGUUCAUUUCGGAAUGCAGUAAAAGUAAAAUUUUCUUUAUAUCAAAUGAAGAUGGAGAAAACACAGUAGUUUUUUUUUUAUUCUCAAAACUCUCAGCCAUAACAUGAUGUUCUAGAACAUGAAAAAAACAAACAAACAAACAAAAAAACUUAUUCUAAAGCAUGUACAUUGAGAUGGAACUAGAACCUGUUGUUUAAGCACAGGCUUGGCCUAUUCAUCCUGAUCUUUAAUCACUUGACUGAAUGAGUCUGGACACUUAUAUUUAAUCAGAUGUAGUUGAGCUUCAUAACCUGUAAAUAGUUGCAUAUCACAUUAUUAUAUCAGAAGUUUUAUCGUCAAAUCGUGCAAUGAUCGUUCUGGUUUGUUUUCAGUCAUGUUUCACUCUGCUUUGUUUUAUACCGUCACCUGUAAUUGGUUUCUGUGCUAUAUUUGUGAUUUUUUUAACAGUUGCUUUUGUAUUAGGCAAAUUAGCUUUAAAUUAAGCCUGUUCAGGCUUAAAAAAAAUCCUGAAAGACUUCAGUAUUAAUUAUCAGAUGUUUAAAGAGCUUUAAUACAUGAUUUUAAUAUGGCAGAAUUAGGAAGACAUUUGAACCAGUACAAAUGAGAAUCACUGAUGCAGUAAAUCACUGAUGCAUUAAAAUAUAAAAAAUGUUUAAAAAAUUGGUCACAUUGAUUUAAAGCAUCAGUUCAUCUGCCCUAUGAAACGCACUUUUGUCAUUUGAAUCUGAAUGUGAAUGAAUCGCCUGCUCCUGCCACAUGACCUGUGAAUUUACUGACUUCACCUCACUGUGUUUCUAAUUAACUGUUAAUCAAUGCACAAACUAACACUGUUUCCACUUUCAUCCUGCAUUUUGCAAAAGGAGUGAAUCUUUACUUGCUAUUCUCUUGUUGGAGAGUUCCAAUUUCUGUAAGUUUCUUGCAAUUACUUAUUGUCAUGAAAGCAGUAUUGUGUAAUAUUAUGUAAUAAAAAUAAAGUUAUGGAAAAUC